GUACCGGGUGCCCCGGCAUCACCAGACUGCUCCACCGGCCAGUAGCGUGCAAAUAAACGACCGUAGCGGGAGCGUGUUCGAGCUCGUUUCUGCGCCACAAACUGAUUAGCCCCGUCGCCAGCCCCGUGGAAGCUUUGUGUGUAGCCGUCGGUCAGAAAGUGGUUCAAUUGUAGCAGCUCAGCCAAGGCGCCACCCGAAAGCAAUCUCGCAAUGGCCUUCCGUGUACUAACGCGCACCGCCGGCAGCCAGCAGCAGCAGCUGAAGCUUCUGUCCGACCUGUUGAUCCGUUCGUUUAGCAGCGGUCCCAAGAAUGUUGGGUUCAUCGGUCUCGGCAACAUGGGCGGUCCGAUGGCAAGCAACCUGAUGGCAAAGGGACAUAAGCUGCACGUGUUCGACAUCUCGAAGGAGGCGAAGGAUUCGCUGCAGGCCAAGGGUGCCGUGCCGUACGACAAUGUGGCUGAGCUAGCCAAGGCUUCUGACUUCGUUGUGACGAUGCUGCCGAACAACGACAUUGUGGCUAACACGUACGACACCAUUAUCGGCGGUGGUGGCAUUAAGAACCAGACCAUCUUCAUCGACUCCAGCACGAUCGAUCCGAACGUGGCAAAGGCGGUCCAGGUAAAGGUCAAGGCGGCCGGUGCAACGUUCGUCGAUGCACCGGUGUCGGGCGGUGUGCCCGGUGCCAAGAACGCCACGCUCACCUUCAUGGUCGGCGGCACCACCGAGGAGUACCAGGCGGUGAAGGAGCUGCUGGAGGGUAUGGGCAAGAAAAUUACACACUGCGGCGGCUACGGUAUGGGCCAGGCGGCCAAAGUAUGCAACAACAUGAUGCUGGGCAUCUCGAUGUGUGGGCUGGCCGAAUGCAUGAACCUGGCCAUCCGGCUCGGCCUCGACCCGAAAGUGUUCUCCGACAUUGUGAACGCAUCGACCGGACGUAGCUGGGCGUCGGAGGUGAACAACCCGGUGCCCGGAAUUAUUCCGACCGCACCGGCUGCCAGCGGCUAUGCGGGCGGUUUUGCCACGGGGCUGAUUACGAAGGAUUUGGGCAUUGCGUCGGCGGUCGCCACCAGCUCGAACUCGCCGAUACCGCUCGGUGCGCUUACGCACCAGAUCUACCGGACGCUGAUGGCCAAGGGGUUGGCCAACAAGGACUUUUCCGUGGUGUACGAUUUCCUCAAGAAUGCCGAGGGCAAGUAAGUGGUAGCUGAGCUACUGGCACGAGCGCCAACAGUCUUCCAGAGCAUGCAUUUAUGAACGUCAAUAAACGUACGUUUAGGGUUUUAUUUUCAAUUUGA